AUGACUAACCAGACGCAAAUAAAGGAAGAACAAAUGUCUGUUGUGAGAGAUCCUAGUACUCAAGUGAACAACUCAGAAGGUGAUUCAGCUGUAUAUCAGUUCGAAAAUAUGACUCUGGAGCAGGUAGCCAACGAGGUCGAGGAAUCCAGGAGGUUCGAUCUUCUAAAAUCGUACCUGCUGCAGCUGUCGAGCUGUGACUACCUGGAGCAGUCAGAUGUCGUGAGCGACGCGAACUAUUUGAGGAAGUUGGUGAGGUCGGAGGACACACAGCUCCAGACCAAGGUGGCAGAGCUGCUGCUGCAGUACGUCAGGCUAAUGAAGGUAAACACAGUCUACGACACAAAGCUGGGUGGAAUCCAGGAUUCCAUGCUGCUUUACAAACUAUACCAGGUGGUACACGACGAUUCGUGCCACUACCUCCUGCCGAACCUGAAGGCGGGAGAAGUAUUCAGCAAGUUCCUGUGCACGCUGUUAUCAAUCGCCUCAUCAGAGUACGUCUUCAACUCGGUGGUAAGGCUAUACCAGAGGACAGUGCAGAACAUCCUGAACAAGUACAAAAGGGAUUCGGGAGCAGUGGAGGAAAUGAGCACGGACGACGCACGUGUGGUCAUCGCAGUGAUGAAGAUGCUGCUCACGCUCACGAGGUCAUUCGGGUCGCCGCCAGCACCAUCAGAGGUGCUGUGCUCACUCUCAGUGGCAGUCGUUAACUCGACGAAGGCGCACCUGUGUAGACUGUACAGCUAUAACCUGAUGGCCUUCUUGAUAAGGGACAUCACAGAUAAACAAACAAUCGACAACCUACUUAACGGGCUCGACGCAGCCCAGCGCAACCAAGUCACAUCACUAGUCAAGGAGUCAACGAGUCUGAACAACACAUGUAACUGGAGGUUCAAACACUCGCCAGUGGAUGUCGCAAGAAGGAAUCAAAAUGAUCAGACCUCUCCGAACAACGCAAACGUACAUUCAAGCCCCUACAACCAGCAGACGGCAGAUUUAGCUAAUCAGGCCCAGAAUGAGUCUACGAGACAGCAAAAAACUGGCACAAAGGAUUGGGAAAGGACGCCGUCUCGCAAUUACAUGAAUACAUUGACCCAGAACGAUCAAUCGAGGAGAUUACAGAGUCCACUUCCAGGAGUGGUCCCCAGGAGCCCGCAGAGCAUAAGCAGAUAUAACGCACGGUCCGGAAGCAGCUCUAGCAACAGUUCCGUCAUAUACAGAUCGGGAGAUGAUAACGGAAUCUCCGGUAAAGACAAGGAAGCUUAUGACCAAAGAAAGCAGAAGAAUAGUCUGGGCACGCCGUCACGACCGAGUGGACAAGGCCCGCUCCCAAGCAACUGGUACAGAGACCUGUUCAAGACAUUUGACACGAACAGAGGAGAAGGAAAGAACGUGGUGGUGGACAAAAACGCCUGGAAGCUGAAGAACGACCAGCUGAUUGCCGCACUGACGCUGCUGGACAAAUACGACAAGGUCGACCUUGAAGGAGUGUCGCCGCAGUUCGUGAAGCUGUUCGAGCUACUGCUGAAGAACGAGUCGGCAAUCCCUGUGGUGGUGAACUCCCUGAACCUGUUCACGAUGCUGUUGGUGAAGAGCGAGUGUGACCUGCUGACAGUGAGUAAGUCGCACACGCUCGCGGACCUGCUCUUCCAGAAGCUGAAGGACAGCAACAAGAAGGUGCGCGACGCAUGCAUACAGGCGCUGGUGGAGGUGACAAAGAGGUGCAGGCUGACAGUGGUCUCGGAAUCGGUGAAGAAGGCGCUCUCAAACGUCUCGCCAACCUGCAGAGAGAACAUGUGCAACUUCCUUAACGGGAAGGUGGUGCCGACGUCGGACGCGGGCUUCUUUGAGAAGCUGAAGCAGCUGCUGACAAUCCUGGCAGACGACGUCAGGCAGAUUAGGUCGGACAAGGUGCCGAAGGUGAGGAGCGCACUGGCGUCGCUCCUGGACGUGCUGGACGAUUUCGACCUGGUGUACGCAAAUCGGCCAGCAACCGCGGGACACACGGAGGACGCAGCCACACAAGUAGUCGAAGGCGCGAAGACCACGGCCAACGAGUUCGUGCUGACGAAAGAACAGCAGGCGAGUCUGGUGAUAGACGACAGCGAACGCGUGCUCACUACGGCGAACACUACGAGCAGCCACGACACGACGACUGUAACGAGUUAUUAUGACGCGGAGUCGGGCUCGGAGUUUAACGUGCCGCAGUUGGAUCAGCAACCAGCCACGGUUGCGGCGGCUCAGCCCACCAGCGCCGCACCAAGUGCUGGCACAACGGAAGCUGUGAGUGCAAACGUGGUCCCUAGCGACACCGCAGCAGCUGAGGAGGGUCAGCAGGAGGUAAAGAGUGAGCCUUUGGAGACGGCCAAUGUCACUACGAGAGUAUCCUUCGCCGACCAGAGUGUCAACGCCACGAGAGUGGCCAACAGAGGAGUCGCACAGGCUGAUCGUGCACCCGAGGAUGGCUCAGGGCAGGUACAAGGGCAGGCACAAGAUGCCGCAGCCAGGACUGUCAGGCUCCCCUCAGUUACGUCCAUAGAUCCGAGGACGGGAGUUGAACGGAGGAAGAUAGUCGCAGUGAACUCGCUGCAAAAGGCAGUGGACGAAAAGGUGCUGGACGAGUUUAAGACAAACGACGUCGCGGCGCUUAACAGAGCGCUGUACAACCUGACGCAGUGGAUGGCGAACCACAGGAGGGUACAAAAGGUAAACGAUUACUACCUGCUGAGGCUGGUCAACGAGUACCACAGGGACUUCAGGGAGCCAGACGUGCUGCAGAAGUUCUACACGCUCAUGUGCAAGGAGGAGCUGUCGGAGGAAGGGCUGACUGAGCUGAUGCUGAUAGUGAAGAAGUACAAGGAGCCGAUGGUGAUGGUGAGCCUGAUGCUCACGAACAACAGGAACAUAGACAGGUUCCUGAACCCGGUCAACUACGCAUACGCAACAAUGAUCCUGAGCGUCUUCGAAACGAUCAGCACCACGGUCAGCAGACAGUAUCUGUCAAUCGACACGGACCUGCAGGUCAAGAUCAUGGACUUCCUGGCAUACUUCGUUAAGACCUCCAAGGACCCGUACGCAACCAAGGCCUCGGAAGUGCUCUGGGUGCUCGACGACACCUACGGCAUCUUCAAGUACUUGGACGACAGGCAGGUUAAUCUGCUGAAGUUCUCGAGGCCCUCGAAGGACCUGAAGACGGCAUGUAGAACCGCAGAGUCGAGGAUAAGGAAGUACGUGUCGAGCGAGUUGUACAGCUGCAUGUUCGAGUUGGACCACGAGCGCAAGAAGAAGGCGUGCUCGUUCUGGAAGGGAUACCUGGGAAAUUCGAGCAGAAAACGUGAUGAGAUGCUGAUGAGUGAUUCGAGGAAGGACCUGAUAGCAUGGCUGGCAUGCUGUUUGUUUGAAAACAAGUGCGAAAGAGUCGCGAUAGAGUUGUUUGAAAUGAUGGUGGACUACCUGGAAACGAUGGAGCUGAAGUUCUCGUUGGAGGAGUCGAUGUGGCUGGCGGAGUGCUUCCUGAGUUACGCAACAUUCGGGAAGAACCUGAGCAAAGCACUGGCAGUGUUCACGAAAGUGUCAAAGAUGAUGAAGUACUCUCUUGAAAUAGCGAAGACGAUGUGCAGCUACCUGGAGUCGAUAGAAUUUAAGUGGGUGGAGGUGAUCAAAGAGGCGCUGGAGGAAGUGGCGAGGACUGAGACUGCGGACCACGAGUUGUACGCAUACGUUUCGAGAAAGUUGAUGUCAAACUCAAACUUCAGAAACUCAAUAGACGAGGCGAAAACACUGGUGAACAGCGAGACGAGUAGCCAGAUGAAUGAACACUCGCCAUUAAACGCAGGCUCGAUCAGCCAGAGCCAGGCUGAAUCACUAUUGGCGAUUCAACAGCGGGAGCAGCGUGAACAGGGUGAGAGCGCACAGCUAGAGGAAACAGAAGUGGAUCCGGUUCAGGAACUCCAUAGAGUUAUCCAUCAAACGGUCCAUCAGGUGGCGCAGGCACAGCAAAUGCACCAGUUGGCUCAGGAGACGGCACAGCGGGUUCAGCAAGAGGUACAGAAGGAGCACGCACAAAAGGCAGAGGCCGAGAGGGCUCUGCAAGCUGCACAGCAGCAACAAGUACAGCAGCAACAAGUACAACAGGCCGAGGGCCAGCAGGUGGACGCGAAUGUGGCCGGCAGAAUGGUGCAGAGAGUCGUUUCGAACGCCCAGGCGCCUGAGUCGAGUAGUAGGGAGGCGUCCCUAGAGAGCUCCAGUCAGACGUUGAAUGACCUGAACGAGAAGUACAAGAAGCCAACACCGUCACUGGAGACGCUGACGACAAACCCGUCUCUGGAGGCAGUGGAGACGCUGACAACAAACAGGUCUCUGGAGGCAGUGGAGACCCUGACAACAAACAGGUCUCUGGAGGCAGUGGAGACCCUGACAACAAACAGGUCAAACAGUGACAGGACCCAGGAGCUCGAAAACUCGAACGAGUUUGGCCAGUUGUCGCAAGAAACCGGACGUGAGGAAGAAGUGGCACCCCAGAACAUCAUGCAGGAAGUGAUACUGGGCGAGGACGUGACGAUGGACCUGGAGUCGUGCAGAAGCCUCUCGCAGCAGAUAGUCGAGAAGCCAGUGCGCAGCCUGGAGCAGCAGCCGAAGGCCUCAAAGCCGCCGUACAUGAGCGCGACGCUGGAGGAGACGAGGUACGUUUUCGUGGGAGACUGCCACGGGUCUGACAAGAAGGCGACGGCCGAGGCUGCCUCACAGAGAUUGGAGGCAGUUAUGCAGGGAGUCCACGAGCAGUUACAGAGGGCCAAGUCGAAGAGACGCAAGCUGAACACCGGAGACGCUCGCAAGGGAGGCCGCGAGGAAGAGGAGGAGGAAGUUGCAGACAGACGCGGGAAGAGCUUGAGAGCGAACGAGAAGAGGACCAACGAGGAGGAGGCGAGGCUGGGGGAUAAGGACAAGGACCUGCAGAGUCGCAAGGUGCACGCAGACCUCAGCAGGCUGGUCAGGAGCUACGAGAGGCCGGGAGUUGUCCAAAACCUGGAGGACGAGGACGAGGACGAGGAGUCAGAGGAACUGGAGCAAAGGAGGGUGGACAGACAGAAGAGCGCUUCCGUCUCAAGGCUGAUCGACAAGGAGGCCUCGAAGUACCACCCCUACAUCCAGAGCCUCACGGGGAACUUGGCACCCGCAGCGGCGCUCGAGCAGGAGAACGAAUGCAGCUCCUCGGACGAGAGGCUCUGCCUGGACACGGUGAGCGCAGACGCGAAGGAGGGGCGCGACUCGAACGAGGGCACUGCGACGAGGUCGGAGAGCAGAAGGUCGCUGGUGGACAUGGCCGGCUACGAGGAGGAGAAGUCGGCGAAGAGGCCCUUCAGCACGAACGUGGCGCGCGCAGUCGACUUCGUGGACAGCGACCCUGACUGCCUGAGGGACGACCUGGGCCUGAGCCUGGUAGAGACGGUCCUCUCGCUGUGCUCCAGAGUCAACGACGUGUGCCUGGUGAGCAGCUACAGGGAGUACCAGAGCCUGCUGCCGACGCUGUACCCGGCGGACGUGCCCGCGACGCUGGCGCAGACCUUCGGCCAGGUGCUGAGGCACCGGGGCGCGCUCAAGGGCACGUUCCUGCGCCUGCUGACGGCGCCGCUCCUCGAGGCCUCACACAACGCGCUGCUGCUGCUCACGAAGAUGGCCUACAAGAACGUGCAGGCCGGCGAGUCCACUGCGGCCCUCACCGGGGCGAUAGUGCAGGCACUGGAGGUACGUCGAGCACUCACUCAAUUUUUUCAGGUUUUCAGGCUGGUGACCGGGCGUCUGCAGGAGAAGUCGGUGCUGCGUUUCUGCAACGUGGUGACGAACCUGCUUGCGCUCCCGAAGGCGCUCUUUCAGGACGAAAAGCUGUACUCGCUGGUCAGCUCACUGGUGUCGGAGAACGCGCUGAAGCAGCCGAAGAGCGUGAUGUACAAGCUGCUGGACGUUAUGAUCGAGGUGAGCAUGGAAUCACUGGGCGGGGAGCUGGACAGGCUGAUGAUGGCGAAGCUGCGGUUCACGAAGAUCCUUCAGAUGCAGAUCCUCGUCGGACUCAGGAACACUGACGCCGGGCUCGCGCCGGAGUCCGAAGCGCUCAGGCAGAAACACAUGGCCUUCAUCGGCAGGCUGGAGAGCUACCUCAGGACCAGCAGGGCGCAAAACGUGGACAACGUAAUCCGCACAUCCAACUAUAUAGUCAGAACGAUCUAA